AUGGCCUGGCUGACAUAUCUCAGUUUUGUUGUAGUCGCAGGACUGGUAUUGCAAAAUUUUAUUUCCAGGAGAGCCUCAAGACGACAACGAGAACUUCCUCAUAUUCCGCUGGUCAAAUUUGACGAAAAUGACACACUGGAGAGAUAUAUUAGUAGCACGAGGGAGCUUAUGCAUAAGGGGUAUCUUCAAUACUCUAAAAAGGGACAAGCCUUCAAGAUUCGAAACCCUGUCGAUGAAAGAUGUCCACAAGUCAUAAUAUCGAAGAAAUACUUAGACGAGGUUAAGAAUGCUCCGGAGGAUAAAUUUAGUUUUCCUUUGUACUCAAUACAAGCUUUUCUUCUGGAGUACAGUGGCUCCGUGCUUCCAUCGGCUUCAGCAACACAUGUAACAAGAAUUGAUCUCAACAAAAAUCUUGACUGGACAAGUUUAAAGCCUUGGGAUACUUUCUUACCGGUGAUAUCGAGAGUGACUGGCCGAGUACUUGUAGGAAGCGAACUUUGCAAGGACCCGGAGUGGAUUCAACUCACAAUUACGAAUACGACUGGUAUAGUUAAGUCAGCAAUGGCAAUUCGAGAAACAUAUUCAUCUCAAUGGCAAUGGCUUGCGCCAUGGACCGCCCCGUGGAGAAAUGACCUCAUUAACGCACGCCAAAAGGCUACACAGCUCAUAGAACCGACUUGCAGAAAGCGUAUAUCGGGUGUUAGCGGCGAAGAAAACAACAAUGUAGUUAAGUGGCUUAUUGAUCACUCCGAAGGGAAACCAAUCACCCCUGCCGAGAUCGCCGAUUCGAUAUUGUUUUUAUACAUGGCAGGAAUCCACAGUACUAGCGCCUCCCUCAUCUCGAUCGUUUACGAUCUUAUCGCGUAUUCAGAAUAUAUUCCUGGGAUAAUUGAGGAGAUAAAACAAACGCUCGCUGAGUCUCCAGAGUGGACGAAACUGAGUCUUGCCAAACUCCGAAAGCUAGAUAGUUUUCUAAGAGAGAAUCAGCGGCUUCAUUCAGUAGGAAUGGUGACUGUCCAACGAUCGACCGUUGUCCCAUACACUUUCUCUGAUGGUUUGUAUUUACCAGCAAAUACCAUGUUGGCCUUCCCAACUUACGAAGUCACGCACGACCCGGAUAUAUAUCCCAAUCCGGAUGAAUUCGAUGGACUACGAUUUUAUCGUAUGCGGGAACAAGGUGAUGCAGCCAAAUUUCACUAUGCAACUGUAUCAAACGAAUCCACCAAUUUUGGGGCUGGCUUCCAUGCUUGUCCGGGGAGGUUCUUCGUGGGUUAUGAACUGAAGAUCAUUCUUGCGGAGUUGUUGCUGAAUUAUGAUUUGAAGUUUGCGGUGGGAAAUGAGAGACCGCCGGAUCUCCUUCAUGAUUUUAGUAUCCAGCCUAACCCAGAAGCGGAACUUUUGAUUCGAAGAAAGGAAGAGGUUUAA